UUCAGUGUCCAUUCCAUGGCUGGAGGUUUGGCGGAGACGGACAGUGCAAACGCAUACCUAAUCUCAACGGACAUAAUCACAAGACACGGAGCGAUUAACCGUGUACUGACCGACAACGCUAAGUACUUUGUCUCACACUUCAUGGAAGAGACAUUGAGAAUGACUGCGUCUCAUCACGUCAAAUCAACGCCAUAUUCACCGCAGACCAACGGUGCGGCGGAAAAGGCCUGUGGAACCAUUAAAACAAUGCUCAAGCAUUACGUCAGGAGUAAUCAAACAGAUUGGAACGUAUAUCUGCCGAGAAUUACAUUCGUCUACAACACAAGUCAACACACUAUAACGAAAGUGACACCCUUUGCUUUAUUGUAUGGAAGAGAAGCAAAAAUACCGCUGGAUGUGUCCUAUAACAUACCCCGUGACUUUAAGUUUGGAAUGAAUUAUAGAGAACGCCUACAAAAGGCACAAGAAAUUGUAAAGAAAAGAAUCACAGACUCUCAAGUGGAGAGCAAAAUCUAUUACGAUCAGAAACAUCGUAAUAUGGAAUUUAACGUAGGAGACUUGGUGUCCCUACAUACCCCUCAUCGUGAGGUAGGUCUUAGCGCUAAGUUAUUAUCACAAGCCGACGGGCCAUUUAGAGUGAUAAAGAAAUUGUCUCGAUUGACUUAUGAGUUACAGAAAGUGGACAAUCCGAGGAGGAGACGUCGUGCCCAUGCUAGGCGCCUUAAUGUGUGGAACGACGACGAAAUCCCCGAAGUGACGGAUGCGUCAAGCAAAGAAAAAGACGAGACACAACGCGAGGAAACAGUACGCGAGGAACCAGAAAGCGAGGAACCAGAGUAUAAGGUAACAGACCGCGUGGACACACAGGACUACGGAAAAAAACACGAUAUCGUUGAAGAACUCAAUACUUCAGAUCCGGAGGAAGAUUUGGAAUGA